AUGACACAUUUUAUUAUUUCGAAGGGUGAUACAACAAAUUUUUGGAGUAUGAAAGCCAUUCUUAGAGGAUUUGAGUUAAUGUCGGGUUUGGGUAUAAAUUUCCUUAAGAGUAACAUCUUUGGAAUCAAUGUUGGUGAUUGGUUUCUUGAAGCGGCUUCUAGUUUUAUCUCGUGUAAGGUGGGAAGUCUUCCGUUCAAGUAUUUAGGCGUUAAAGUGGGUGGUAGUCCUAGAAGUACUUCAAUGUGGAAAGAUUUAAUUGUGUUCAUUAGGAAAAGAUUAGCCGUUUGGAGAGCUUCGACGAAGAUGUUAAAUGAGAUUCGGGCGAUUCAAAGUAAUUUUCUUUGGAGUGGUGGUGAUGUGAGAAAGUCAAUCCAUUGGGUGUGUUGGGAUACCGUUUGUAAAACUAAAGAGGAAGGUGGUUUAGGAAUUAAAAAUGUGGAAAUUAUGAAUGUGGCUCUUAUAAGUAAGUGGAAAUGGAGGAUUUUAAACGAGAAUGAUGCGGUUUGGAGUGGUAUUCUUAAAGCUAGAUACGGCAAGGUGAAGCUUAAGGUUCUAGUAGGUGAUGUUGCGGUGGUGGACCGAAGGAUUCUAUAUGGUUGA